CUUUGUGCUGUACUUUGUUCUAUAUUCUAUAUAUCUUGAAGAUGCAUAGACAUCUCGACAUCACCAUAUAAUAGACGCUGUCCAUACACGUGAUUGCCAUUGACAGCGCCUUAACAACCAGCGCCGCCACCAUGACCGGCCUCUGGAGCCCCAGCAACUCCCAGAAUGCGCCGCCGCCUCCCACGCCAGCCCCAUCCGAGCCACCCUCCGACCCAGCUCCCGAAGAUACUACCCUCGAUACCACCCUCGAUGCUGCCCUCAAUGCAGACAUAGCCGACACAGGCAUCGUCGACAUCGGCCCUCCUCCCGGCCCACCAGCCUCCCAUGAACCCAACCCCAGCCGGCCACAGAUCCAGCGCGACCAAGUCGCCCCUCCCCCACCGCACCAGCCACCGCCGCCUCCAGCGCCCCAGCAGGUGGGCCAUCCCGACGACUCACUCUCACUCUUGCAGCUGAAGCGCAUUGUGUCCGACUUUCCGCGCGUGGAACCCACCUCGUAUGCCUUCACCUAUGCGGACACAGCGAGCUUCGAGGAGGAGAUCGAUGAGUGGUUCGGCUAUGCGAAUACUGAGAGUCUGAGGGUGAACCGGGCGAGGGUGUGCUGGGGAGGGAGGUGGAAGCAGAGCAGCAAGAAGCUAUGGAUGGAGGAGGAGAGGAGUGUUAAGAGCGAGUUUGUGAGGAAGGAGUGCGAGGGACUGAAGGGGGAGGCGGGAGGGAGGAGAAAGAGCUUGCAGAGGAUUAUGCAUAUAUUACUUGGUGUCUGGGAUGAGAGUGCUGGGACGACGAAGCCUCUUGCGCAUGCGUCAAGGGAUAUGGGGGUGGGGGAGGAAGAGCCUCAAAUCAGGAGCCAGGCCACGAAGAGCCAGGUCGAUGCUAUGAAGGACGGCGUUGCUCUAGUCACAGAGUGCGGUGGGGUUGCUGCUGCGUUUCAGGCGAUGGCAGCUAUUCUGGGUGGAGUCCGGAAUGAGGAAUACCGUGAACUCCGAGAGUCUCAGAUGCUGCAAGGAAUUGGCCAGUUGCCGGAUGAAAUCGACAACUCCAUGACAGUCAUGUACAUCCUGAUCCACGUCACGUUGACCUGGCCCGAAGAGUUUUCAGCCACAAAAGAAGCGCUUGGUGCCCUAAAGCCAAACCUUUUGGAAUAUCUCCUCACAACUGUUGCAAAACUCCGCUGGGAUGACGUCCCUGAGCUGCCACAAAAUAAAAUCUUUAAUCUCUUCUGGAAAUCUUUGUUGCUUAUUUUUGGGAACAUGAGCGAGCUCGACACCGUAAAGGCUGCCGUUGCAGAGAACCUCCAAGCGGAAGGCAAGAAGAGCGAAUUGAUCACCGCAUCCCCGUUGGACUACCACAUUUUCCGACAAGAAAUCACCUCAAAAUACCCAGCAUAUAUACCGCCAGCGCCGCUUCUUCCUCUCGAGCUUGAUAACAACUCGAUACUACCUCCGUUGCCAAACCACCCUCCUCGGAACACUGGCCAAAAUGGCAUUAUACCAACCCCUGCAACUGCUAACAGUGGCGGUUCUAUUCUUCAUCAACCCGUGCACAUUGCCACGCCAGCACCUUCGCCCCCACCGUCACCACCAGUAGGCGGGAAGGCUGGCAAGAAACAAAACUACCAAACAAAUCAGAACUUCCCGUUCAUGUAUCCACCUUUGGAUAGUACGAGCAACAAUGCCGGCGGCAAAGGCACAGCGGGCCUUCAAGGCGAGCUAGUUGGCCGAAAAUGGGAGGGAAGUGAGAUUCCUGCUUCUAUCCUAGAGGCUGGAGAGCUAUUUGCCAAAAGAAUGAAGAUGACGAGAGCGAUGCGGCAACUUUGGGAUGAGCGGGAAGCUUUUCUAAAGCAUGAAAGGGGAUGGGAUGGACAUGGUGGCGAAGAUGACCCAGACUUUGACGUCGAUGAAUUGGAAUUAGAUGAAGCACUGUCGAGGAGACUGGAAGCUUUGGGAAGAGAAGAUGAAGAGGAGGAAAAGAAGGUCGAACUGGACCUUGGGUCAAGGCCUGUGAGCGAAGAUGUCAAAAAGCGCCUUGAGGUGGUUGAAGAUUUCUACGGAAAUGCACUCCCACAAAUGCAAUCACUGGUGAUUGUAUUGCUCAAGGCUGUUCUGGCCAAUGUCACCGCAUUGAUCACCCAGCCAAUUACGGGGCAGCCGCAGCAACAAAAUGGUCUCCAGCCAGGCUUCCAGUCGGAAUCCAAUUUAAGGAAUAACGCUGCAGGUCAACGACGGCUAGCCCACGCUCAAGAAGCUCAGAAUCCGUCCCAGCCAGCGGUAUUUGACGUCCGUGAUCUACCAAUUGAAGAUUUAGAGGCACUGAGACAACGAGAAAUCACACUGAAAGCCGUUUCUGGAAUUCUUCUGGUUCUCCUGAAAUGGUUUAAGGUGUCUUACGUACUUAAGUUCGAGUAUCUCACCCAGCUCCUCCUGGACUCCAACUACCUCCCCCUAAUCUUGAAGCUAUUUGCCCACCAAGACGUCGACAAACUCGUCGACACUGACUCUGACCGCGCUGCCCUCUCCUUCUUCACAUACUGCAACAAGUCCAGCAAACACCCUGGCACCCCUCCCCCAGCCGAAAACUCCGAAUCCGAGGACGACGCGGCCCCACCUCCAAUCAAACGCAACCGUCUCUCUCCAUCCUCAGCAACCGACAAGCUUCAGGCAAUCACCUACCGCAGCCCCUCCGCAAUCCAUUCCCCCCUCCGAGUCGACGAGCUCGGCGCCCCCCUCCCCGUCGUCCCCGCCCCGCCCAGCACGAACUACUCGUGGCGCAACUUCUACAGCGCCAUCACGCUGCUCCGCGUGAUGCAGAAGAUCUGCAAGGGCAAAGCUCACCGCAACCUGCUCCUCGUGCAAUACAAGAGUAGCAAUAUCAUCAAGAAGGCGCUGAAAGUGCCUCAGCACGAGUUGCGCCUGUACACGCUCAAGCUGUUCAAGAGCCAGGUGCCGUACUGUGGGCGUAAGUGGCGGCAGGGGAAUAUGCGCGUCAUUACGGCGGUGUACUUGCAUUGUCGCCCAGAUCUGAGAGAUGAGUGGCUUAGUGGGAGUGAUGUGGAUGGUGACAUGGAGGAGGCAUUGCCGUUAGAGCAGGCGCUGAGGAGUCUGACGCACUGGGGGAAUGUGAGGAGGUAUAAGAAGGUUAUGGCUGGGGAGGUUUCGACGGAUGGUGGGGAAGGUGACUUUUUUAGGAGGGAGUUGGAAAAGAUGGAGAUUAUGGUGGGUUCGGAUGGGGAAGAGGUGGAGGCUGAGACAGGGUGGGAGGGUGCUGGUCAGGGUUGGCAGUAGAGCAUAUAUGGAUGAGGAUGUCGUAGCUUUAUGCAUUGAGCGUUGGAGCCUGGCGUGUGAAUAUAGGUGGACAGUGUCUAUCUGACUUGAAAUAACUGAU